AUGAUGGAACCAAUCACAGACGAAAGUGAUGUACAGAGUAUGUAUUCAAUAUUUUAUACAUGUGUUUGCCUUGUUAUAAAAGGCUAUCGAAAGGUUGCGAUUGCAAGCAAGAAGUAAUUUUAGAGAGGAGUUCUGUGGGUCUGUGUGCGAGAAGCAAAUAGAGCAAGAAGGAUGACCGAAGAAGGGGAAGAAAAUGCACCUAUUUUCCUUUCAUUUAACGACCUUGGUGUGAAAAUCAACGAUCGACAAAUUCUUCAAAAUGUGAGCGGGAAAGUUCACCCGGGUGAGAUGCUGGCGGUAAUGGGCCCAAGCGGUAAGCUAAGAACGUUUAAAAACACUUUUCUUCCUUUCAAUAGAAUAAAAUGGCCAGUUAAAUGGGAAGGUUAUUAUUUCACUUUCCUCAAAUCUUUAUAUCAUUUUCUAUGGUUCAUUCUCUACAGAAAUUUGAAGUAAUCAUAUGAAUUUAUGAUAAAAAGCAUGACGUAACAGAUACGUUCUGCUUGAUUAUAGCCUCCUUUUAGCUCCUUUUUAUGCGGUCUCAGGUCUGGUCGUGCCCCCCGAUAAACGUGGAGGCGCUUCCUCAUACAUAUAUAUGCACGUUCCCUUUCUUUCAACAAUGCUUCACAUGUUUAAAACUGCAUGACUAGCUCGCCCAGCUCGUUGACAAGUUCUCUACACAUAGAAGGGGACUCCUUUAUUUGGCCUAAACAGCAGGUGUGUGCGGCUGAACAAGGUAUGGUUUUAAGACGGAAUCCAUCCGGAAAUUGAGUAAUUUCAAUUUUCACUGGACAAAAACCUUGUACCUUAUUUAAACAAUAUGGCAUUCUUUUUUACAUUAAUUUUUUCAAGGGCUUUAGAUGUAAUUAUUUAUCUGUAAUAACACCAAAGAGAGAACUCAUGAGAACCUGAGAAAACAAAUGACAAAUUUCAGAAGAAUUGUGAAAACACAGUUAAAAUUCCGAAAAUUUCUUGUGUAAGAUGUCAUUUUGUGAAAUUUGGCAUUUAUUUUCUCGGGCUCUCAUUAGAAAGUUUCUUUGGUGUUAUUACAGAUAACUAAUUGUAUUUAGAGCCCUAACUGGAAAAUGUGAAAAAGAAUGUGAUAUUGUUCAAAUUAUUCUGGUACAAAGUUUUUGUGCACUGGUGGAUUCCAUCUUAAGGUUCUUGAGUCGAGUAACAGGGUAUACAAUUUCACUAGUGUUUUGAACAGGGCGUCUCUUUGGGCUUGAAACCUUUAAAAGAAUGUGGAAAUCCACAUUGACGUAGCCCUUUAAACUAACCCCAUUAUUUUUUGUUGCCGUGGACAGUCAUGUACAUGUAAAUUAACUUUGAAAGCUUUCUUUCCUGCUUAAUUAGGCUCUGGCAAGACAACGCUGCUGAACAUUCUUGCUGGAAGGUUGCUUGCUCAAGAAGGUGAAAUCUUACUCAAUGGCAAACAGUUGGACAGAAAGCUUAAGAAGAAAAUCUGCUAUGUACUGCAAGAAGAUAUUUUCUUUGCAAAUCUCACUCUUCAAGAAACUCUUACGGUAAAAAAGUGAUCAUUUUUGUUGAUUAAGUAUAAUUAUGGGUAUGUCAAAAUUCUUUAGGGACCAGCUCUUCUUUUCAUUAAUUAGUGAGUUUGUUUGAAGGAGAGGGAGCUAAUAUUUUAAUAUUUUCCAUGCUUAUAAAGCCUUUUUUGUUGUACUAUUACAUGUAUGUUAAUUAGUGCAGAAUCCAGACAGCUCAUUCCUGCUCUGAGGGAAAUUUAGUUUACAAUGAAAAGAAAAAAUAAUGAACUGGUUGUCAAUUCAUGAACUUUAGUGUGAGAAUUCUUUAGAAAAGCUUAGCUACUGUAGUUACAUUACCGAUGGUGAUGGGUUAGACUGAAAAAUUACUUUAUAAUCUAUUUUUCAACUUGAAUAAUAAUUUUUUAAAACCAAUUCAAUUUUUUUUUAGUUUUCAGCAAUGCUUCGCCUACCAGAUACUUUGUCAAAGGCUGACAAGUUGCAAAAGGUAUGUUUUUGGAAUAAAGAAUAAACAUUUUACAAGUCUUUUAAAUAAAUUGGAUAGUGGAAACAGCUAUACUGCCUUGCACAAUAUUCUCUCCUGGUUUUGCAAGGCCAUGCAGGGCAAGAGAUACAUGUAUGGGGCUUUGGUUCACUGUGCACUAUGCUGGGACCAGUUGCUAGACUUAAUAGCUAAUGUCUCAGCCAAAUCCCUUUUUUAAUACCAGAAAUUAGCAUGUCUGACAUUAGUUGUAGCAACUGGUGCCUGAAUUACUCGGCAUAGCUUGCAUAAAGCCAGUCCUUCAUUGAAGUGGUCUAGUUCUCAAAAUGCCAGCAUUUCAAUAGUUUAACAGUCUCCGACAAGUUACUGUAUACUUCCGAUUAUUACCCCUCCUCCAGUGUCAGGUAUAAGUGCCCCCCCUUCAAAUAUAAGCCCAUCUUCCUGUAAUCAAAAAAUACAUCUGGUUAUAAGUCCCAUGCCCCACCUCCCACCAAUAUAAGCCCCCUCUAGCUUGUAUUGAAAUGAAUUUUUUUUUAAUGGCAUUCUGAAGCUUAAAAAGGCACUGCUGAUUUAGCAUGUCAUGGAACACAUUUUUAGUCCAGUUACAAGCCCCCCCCCCAUUUAUGAGCCCCCCUAAAACCCCUCAUGAAAUUGUAUAAACCCAGGGCUUAAAUUCGGAAGUUUACGGUAUAUGACUUUGUUUCAGUAUUAAAGCGUGUUACCAUAAUAAUAAUAUUUAUUAUAAACCUGAUGAUAACAUUAUCUUCUGCCAGCUUUUAAGAGGUAUUCUUCUUAUAGGAAACUGGGUCAAAAAAUUCUUGAAUAAUUACAAAAUUAAUAUUAAUCUUUUUUGCAUUCAGGUUGACCAAAUUGUGGACAACUUAGAUGUCAGAAGAUGCUUGGAUACAAGUGAGUACACACAGACAGGUCCUGUGAUUGAGUGCAUAAAAUAUUGGUUAAUUUAUUGUGAUGAACUUCUAGUAAGUCAUAUUGUGCAAAAAAAGGUCUAAUUUUACAUGCAUGUGAUUUCUUUUGUUGGAGAGUAUUCCUUAAUACUUUUGCGGACAACAAGAAAUUUCAGGAGCUGAACAACCAUGCUAAUUACAUCCUUACAUUGCAGUUUAGCAUUUUUGUAUGUUAUUUUGUUGGAUAAUACAUGUCUUAUAGAUUAUGCUACUGGAUGUGAUUUGAGAUCAAUAUUGUGGUUGAAAAUGGCACCAUCAGAUGAUAAUAAUUAUUUUAAUCAUCAGAAGCCCCGCAUAGAAAUUUUUUUGAUUUUAUGGUGUAUUCUCUGUCCAAAAGAAAUUUCUUUCCUGUUUUUAGCCAACAAGUUGUGGAGGUUGCACGUAGAGUUUGAGUGUGUGAACUAGUCUUGGUCUUUGUUAGUAACUGUACUUUGUUAAUGUUGUAGAAAUUGGAAGCCCUUUUGAGCGUGGAUUAUCUGGAGGUAUGUGAUCAACUUUCUUAGAAUGACUGCUACGUCAGUAUCUUGAUGAUAUGACAGUGUUCUUCAAAGAAGUCAAUAAACAUGGUUCCCAGUUCUAAAAAGGCGAGAAGUAGAAAACAAACUUAAAGUUAAUCAGUGCAUAAAAGUAAUUUCCUCCUACUUGCGGUCUUAUUUGUGUGGUGUUGUUUUUUAUGAUGAUAACAUGACAUGUAUAAAAUUUAAUAACGCGAAAAUUUAUUCAUACACUAUACAUCUACGUUUUGUGUCUAACUGAAACUUUCUCUUUAAUGCUGUUUUUUAGGGGAGAAAAAGCGUGCUAACAUUGGUUGUGAGCUGAUAACAAACCCUUCCUUGAUCUUCCUUGAUGUAAGUUGUAAAAUUAAGUCAAAUGAAAUAAAAAACACAUAUGGUGUACAUGUAUGUACAUAUAGCCGUGUAAGUUCCAUGAUUACAAUAUAGUUUAUGCAUGAUUACAUUUUGCUUACAUGACUUGUAUUUGUAUAAGGACAACUUCAUUUUAGAAAGAUACAUGUAUUUUGUUCUAGUCAUAAAUUACAUAUAAAGGGCUAUAUACAUGUAUAAUCUUUAGAUGUUAGUAGUUACCCUUCUUUAAGCCUUCAAAGUUCAUCUUUUUCUAGUGAAAAUUAUAUCCUCUGUAGAUUUGUAAUAAUUCACUGAUCAAUGUGAGCUGCAAAAAAAUGAGAAUCAUUAACUAGCCCUACAGACCAGUUUCACAAAAAUGCUGUAUACUGAGCACAUUCAAUCAGUAAUGCGUCUUUUUUCAUGCCUGGUUGUCAUUCAGUUGUUCUGACUAUCCUUUCAUUAAAUUAUCUUUUUUCAUGCAAUUAUGCCAUCUUUUUAAUGCAAUACACCAUGAUCUGCUCUGUUUUUGUGGCUCCUUGCCAUGAUAUACAUGUAUUAUUAUUCAAUUUUGCCUGAGCCUGCAAAAGCAUUGAAUAAUGCUAGUGUCCAUGACGUUUUUUUCUGGCAGCCCGCUUAAUAUAGACAGCGGGAAAAUACAGACACUAUGUCCCUCCCAUAUCCGUAUUAUCUUGGUUUGACCACUGUAAUUACAGUGUAAAAUAAUGUCUUUCUACUCAUGUUACAAUAGGAGCCAACAUCUGGGUUAGAUUCCAGCAAUGCAUUAAACCUGGUAAAGACUUUGAAGAAUUAUGCCGCCAGAGAAAAAAAGACAGUUGUAACUACAAUUCAUCAGCCAUCAAGUCAGAUCUUCUACAUGUUUGACAAGCUUCUAUUGCUCUGUGGAGGACAGGUAAUAAUAAACAAAUGCAAAUUCUGGAGACAAAAACAUGAUAAGCAUACAAAGAUCUUGAAAGGGAGCUGUGUCAUGAAAUUUAUCAAAAUUUAAACAUUGGGUCUUGUACCAAAUUUAGUGAAACAUCAAAAUAACUGCUGAAAAAUGUUAUAAAAAGGUAUAAAUAACACAGCAAAUAGAUUGACAAACUUGAGGAAGAUUGAAACGGAUUGCAAUUGUGGUUUUGAAAACCUACAGUGCAUUAGCCCAACAGUUUUUCACAGUUCUUUUUUGUUCUUGUAACAUUUGAGGACUUGUAAUAAGCAUUAUAAACGAAAAUGUAUAAACUAGCCAGCUGGCAAUGACAGCCCCUUUAAACUGCAUAAUUAUGCAAGUGCUUAAUAAAUUAUCGAAAAUUGUAAUCUGUAGAUCAGGGCAAAUUAAUUUUCGAGUUAUUUUGAAAGUGCAUGUAUCUGUUGGACUCAUAUUAAUAUUUUAAUUGUGCUUUAUCAGAGUUGUGAAUGAUGUUUUAAUCUUUAUUUGUGUUUGUUAUCAGGUGGCUUUUUAUGGAAAGGCCAGUCAAGUUCUUAAUUUUUUUGAGAGCGUUGGUUUGGUAUGUGAUGCCCACUUCAACCCUGCUGACUUUAUAUGUAAGUUUAUACACUGAAAAUAUUUUAUUUAAGCUGUAAAUGCGCGAGAAGAAUAGAAAAUAGCAAAAUUGAUUGAUUUUUCCCUUGUGGCAAAUCACCAGCCUGUGAACAGCCAAUCCCUCCCAUCAAACGGGGACGACUGUACUCAGGCUACGAACCUCUUUAAUACAUGAAUCUCACUGCCACUGCCAAAAAGCAGUCCUGCACUCUGAUCCUGCAAGCUACUUUAUACAUCUACGCUAUGUCUUAUUUUAUUUAACCAUCUUGGUUUUGAAACAUCAGCUGUCCACCCCCCCCCCCCCAUCCCCUUUCCCUACAGUGACCAAUCUACCUACCUCAGUUAAUAAAACCCAAUUUUUAAACCCCUAGUACUCGACUUGCAAACAACAUUUUGGACAGUUUUGUUCUUUGUGCUGGGAUAGCGGCCAGAAAACAGCUUGAGUAGCUUCAAAUUAUAUUUUGAAGCAAAAUUUCCCUGGUGAAUGGAUAAAAAUUAAUGGUGAAGGAGUGUACAAAAUAAUAGCGGAAGGUAUUCGUUAAUAUAUGCAUUAAAUUGAAUAUAUUUUUUUAAAAAAUUGUUUUCAGUGGAGAAAGUGACUGAAGGAGAGAAAAUUCAAGAAAUGAUUGUGAAAGGUUGGGCUGAGAGGUAAGUCCUUAACAUGAGGCACUAGAACCUGCAACCCCUUAAAACAUGGUCAAUGCAAUCAGAAUGUACUUUGAUAUAUCACAAUUAGGAGACAGUAUGAUAAUGACUGAGCUUAGCCGGUACCAAUAAUUCUACAUGUAGCAGUUGUUCAGCAGAGGUUUGAAAUCCACUUUUGAAGGACUCGGCAAUGAAGUCGAACUCAAGAACUCACACAUGGCUUAUGUUAUACACAUUCUCAAGACAUUAAGACUCUUCUCGGCUAGAGAACAGUAACUAAAUGCCUUUUGAUAUACCUCAUACAAUCAAUAAUCUGUGUAACUGCUGGCAUCUUCGUAAGCUCAGUCCAAUGUAAGAGAUGCUCAGUGGCUAUUUACGAGAAAUAAUUCUUAUGACAGGGCUUUGACUGGAAAAAUUUUGGUGUUUUGGAUAGGUAGUUGUUUAUGGGAGGUGGUUUCUUACGAGAGGGGGUCGCACUUUGAGGUUCAACAGUAUUUAUUUAUUUAUUUUUGCCCUUUUCAGGCGAGAAAAAAGCAAGCAUGAGGCGGGCAUGUGGUGCAAAACACUCUCGAAGGGAUUGUCGCCUCAUGCUUGCCUGUGCUCCACUUAAAAACACAAUCAAGUAAAAUGCGAUGAAAAGAAAGAAAAUAAGGACUAAUUUGUAGGCUAACAUCUCUUUUUUUAUGCAGUGUAUGUUUAUUAAAAUAAUUUCUUUUCAUGUUCAGAAAAAAGAGGCAUAAAAAAUACUUAGCAUCAUCUUCUCCAAAUCAUGAAGUUUCAAGACUUGACACUCCAAGCCCUAACCCUGAAAAAUCCAGUGAAAAAGAUGCAGACACCACCGAGAAGGCACCUUUGGAUAAAACUAAUCUGAAAGUUGGAAGUACACAAGAAGUUUCAGAAAAAUCAACAGAAACAGAAAAGGCCUUUACACAAGAUAAUCACAGUAAAUCAAGUUCGUCAUCGGAGUCACUUUAUUCUAAGGUUGAUUCCCCAAGAGAUAUUAGCAGCACAGAGCCUUCACGUGACAUAGAAAAUGCCCUGAUCCCCAAUGGAAAUGUCGAAUCUGAAGCUUACCAAAGCUCUGUUCCUCUCAUUCAAAACCCCAAAUCCUCUUCUUCAAAAACAUCCUGGAAAGGUUUCAAAAGAUCGCUGAGUAAACUAUCAGACGAUAGCCCUAAGCCGGUACACACUGAAGCACGUUUGUCAUCUGCGGACUUUAAUGUCGCUGUUGUCACUUACAAGCGUAGCACAUCACAGGAUUACACUAAGAUUGAUGUUCAUGAUAACGAUGAUGAAGUAGAUCAUUCCGCUCUUUACACUGAUAUUUCUACAUCAUGGGCCACAAGUUUCUGGACGCAGUUCUCCGUUCUACUUGUGCGCACAUUCAAACAGUCCAAGCCUGAUAUUCUUUCCAAGCUGAAUUUUGUACAGGUGAGAAGAGAUAGUUGCACACAACGAAACUAGUGCCUCAACUGGCUUUGUAUGUGCGAUUAAAACCCAUCAGAUGCCUAAUAUUGAAAUCCUAAUAAUCUAUGAAUUCCUAUUUUGUUUCUAAUAGAGCGCGCUUUUAGCUAUUAUAGCUGGGGUCAUCUGGUUCCAGGUACCUUACCAAGAGGAGAGUAUCCAGGAUAGAUAUUCAUUGGUAUGUGGUUUUCUCUUAUUUGUUUGUGCUUGCUUUGCUUUGUUUUGUUUUUUCGCACUUUGGUAGUAGUACUUGUAAGAGAUAAUUUCAUUUUCAAAGUUUAUAGUGUUUGGGAUGGGAUGCUGUGUGUGUACAUUGGCGAUAAGUUACACUCAGACUAAGUAUAAAACGACAGGUUCUCACCAAUCCAAAAUGCCAAUUUUUAACUCAUCUUAGGGUCUGUUUAUGUGGAGGUGGGAUACCCCAGGUAUGUGAGGUAAUUGGCCUGUCCAUAUAAUCUCUCAUAAAUAAUUUCAUUGCAUUUACAUGAUAGGUGGGGUGACCAUAUGAGAGAUUAUAUGGACAGGCGGGUUACCCCACCUGUAUGUAUUUGGGUUACCUUUCUUUUGUGGGGUCCCCCAACCCCAUGUAAACAGGCCCUUAAACUUUUACCAGUGCCAAUUUAUUUACUUUUUUGUCUAUUAAAUAUGAAUCGUAAGGAAAAAUCUUUUAUAAUCCAAAAACAGUGAAAUGUUUUUAUAGUUGAGGAUUCUUGUGUCAUAAAAUCAGCACUGACUUGUGAGUUUUGGUGAAUCAGCUCCUGAACUCUGUCAGUGAAUGGUCUAAAUGUGUUUCCACCGUUAAUGGUCUGUUUUUUUUGGCCUCCUUAUAGAUAUUCUUUAUUGUGGUUUACUGGAAUUUCACUCCACUGUUCCAAUCUCUUAUCUCAUGUAAGUUUACAAAACAUUUAUAUCGCCGUUUGAAAUUGUUCAACGGCAGAUUUGUUGUUCCGAUGUGUUGGUACGCUGGGUAUUGUGAAGGUGGCCUUCCUGUAUAAUGUAUAAAGUGUAGUCAGACAUGUGACUGUUCUUUCCAAGUUGUGCAGCAACAGUAUAAUUUAUUACACGUGUUCAUUCAAUUUAUUUUCCCCACGUCAUGUCUUCCUUACCCGUGAAGGUCUGUCUACUUGCCUAAGUUUCCUUGAAACGUGCUAGUAAAGUUUUGCUUGACAUUGAGGUUGUUAUCCUGGGAAGCAGAACUGUGAACUGUUCUGUCCAUUUAUGUGGGUAUCCUGUGCUUAUUAAUUACGUCAUCAUAGUGAUAUUGAUGAGAAAAUUAGCCACAAACUCAAGUUUCAAAAAUAGUGUAUAAUUAAGGAAAACAAAAUGUCGAUCUAGUUUUCAUACUUUUCUCCCAUUUACCUGUAGUUUUUGUUUCUAAUGAUUUUCAGUCCCAAAUGAACGGACAGUAGUUAAUAAAGAGAGAGCCGCUGGUUAUUACAGGCUGUCUGCAUACUAUUUAGCCAAGCUCUUCAGUGAGUUACCGCUGGUUAUUUUCAUGCCCACGUUGUUCUUAACCAUUGUGUAUUGGAUGGCGGGACUGAACAGAAGCGAGGCUUUCCUGUUAUCUCUCCUUCUUCUCUUAUUAACCGCCAUUGCAGGACAGGUAUGCAGUGAUGUUUAUCCUUAAUAAAUGAUUUGGAGGAAGGAGAAUUCUAACACCAGAAAACUCAGAAAAAAUUUCGAGAUCGUGAGAAUCGAACUCACGACCCUCCGAGUUCUAGUUCGGAUGCUCUUACCAUAGACCUACUGGAAGCUCUAUGGCACGCAGGGUCAAAAUUUAAUCAUAAUUACACCAGCCAUGCAGACAGCUGUUAUCAUAAAUAGUCGUGUAAUUGUCAGUGAUUUAAUGUGUUAAGAGACACACAAUCAAAAUUAAGACAAAAGUUGGGGUUGGGGAUGGUGGAUUAUGUGUAACUGCAACUUUUGCUUCAAAAAAAAAAAUAUAAAAGUGAAAUGAUGUGGUAUUUCAUUGGUGUUUAUAAUUAUAACAAAUAAUGUGCUCCCUCGUGAAAUAUUUUUCAACACGCGAAGAGAUAUUUGUAAUCUCCGCGCGGCCAUGUAAUGUCCUUUAUAUAUUAUUCAUUUCUGUUGUUUCAUAGUCUGUAGGUCUGUGUAUUGGCGCUACUGUGAUGGACUUCAAGAAGUCAAUAGUUGUAGCAGCAGUGUAUGGUCUCAGCUGUAUGCUUCUGGGUGGAUUUUAUCAGCAGAACAUACCGCCUUGGUUAUCUUGGUUUCAGUACUUUGCUUACCUGUUUUAUUCUUAUGAUGCUCUCCUUUCAAUAGAGUUCUCUACUUCCCCAGCGUUCAGGUGUGUAUAAACUCUAAAGGAAUGCCGGCCUGAUUUGCCUUUAGUUCCUUAUUAGGCUACUCUGUGUGAUUGGCAUUUAAGGGGGAAUGGGAAGGAGAGAAUUGAAGCGCGCGAGAUCAUAGUGAUGAAUGCGCGAGGAAGGAAGAACGAAGGGAAACCUUUUGAAGCCUUUCUUGGUUCCUCGCGCACCCUUUUUUCUCACCGCUUGAUAUUGCUAAUUUGUUUUGCAAAGCUUUUAAUUUGGCAAAUAAGGUGAAGUUCGUGGGAGUUUCAUACUGAUAAGUUCUUUAAAAGUUGGCGUUAGAUAUAUCCUGACAAAGGAAAUUGCCUUUUGCAAAUUAAAAUUACAGCUUUUUUGCUUCUUGAAGAUUACAAAUGGCUAGUUCUGUAAAAAUGUUGGUGAACCGUGGAGUAAACUUCCCGGAAAGGUACCGGAGAAUACGACGAAAGGUGGUGUUCAGAGCCCACCACGUGACCUGCAAGUAACUUCCUACAAAUAAUGGUCUGUUCGUCAAUAUAUUAUUUGGCUGCAAAUAAUAUUCUGCUCAUGCGUAAAUGAAACCAAGGGACUUUUCUCGUUCUUGCGAUCGCUGUUGCUUGAAAAUGACAGAUCGCUUUCAAUCCAUGAGUUUAUUCAUGAAAAAACGAACUCGGUGAUCGAAUGGUGAAACAAUUAUUGAACUCGGUCAUCGCAAAAUAUCGUGAUUUGCCAGUGUCUCGCAGAUCAAUUAUUUGCCUCAGCCGAAUACUUGAUCGCUCGCCACUGACAAAUUACGAUAUUUUGCUCAGCCUCGUCCAAUAAUUGGUAAUGAUUUGAUUCUUAAGAGACAGGGAUUUGCUGUCCUCGUGCUUCUGAGAACAUUCUUCACUUUUUACAAAUUGAUAAGUAUUAGGCGUCUUAAAAUUUAUCGUAAUUGAGUAUGAUAGACUAAGUGAUUUUGCCAAAAGUCCAGUUAAAUGAUUUCUAUUUUAACAAUGUCUGUCUCUUUUUUCUUUUCUGCCUUGUUUAGCUGCGCACCGCUGGAUUCGUCGUAUGCGGGUUGUAGGAACAACGGUACCAUCAUACAGGGAAGUGAAGUGUUAGAAAAACUGAACGUGUCCAGAACUGUGGGUGAGAAUAUUGCAGCACUUUUACUGUUUAUCGUUGUGUUCAGAGUGUUGACAUAUCUUGCUCUGCGGUUUCUGCACAAGCCAAAAUGAUCAACGAGUCCGUAAGCGGAUAGAAAUGGAUACAAGCGAGUGUGGUGGUGGUGUGUUUCAAGAUACGCUGGUAACGAGUGAUCCCUGAGGUUCUAAGUUUUCUUUGGAUCAUGUCAGCUAUGUAUGUAUGUACAAGUCUGUUUGAAGACAGUAAAUGCUGGCAGACUUAUGCGCCUGCUGUUUCCGAUUACACGGGGAGCGGAACGAUGUAAACGGAUAUUUAUUUGAUAGGUUUAGUUGAAAGUCCACAUCGUUUUGGUAUGGAAAGCGGUAAAUGUCUUACUUUGUAUGCGUUUUAUCUUUACGUGGCCUGCGAGCAAGCUGUCGGGAGCAGGAGUGGGGUAGGGAAGAGAGCGAGUGUGGAAAGAGCGUUAUUCCAACCCCUCUUCCCCUUGAACACUUAUUCUAAGGCUGGCUUUAAAAAGGGCUGUCCUCGACAUAACUACGAACAUUUUAGCGAGAACGUCGCCCGUAAAGAUUCGAAAGUGAAGGAAGGGUUUUUAUUCCUGGAAAUGUACGUAUUGUUGUCUUUCAAAAAAAAAUUCAGACAAAUUUCCCGGAGAUUUUCCAACAUCCUUUGAACUAACGUUAAAAGUGUGUACGAACGGUUGUGUUUAUUUUUGCGAUAUUUGUCGAGAACUGUUGAAGAUUUUACCAUGUUGCUGAAGAUUUCCGAGGAAGUUUCUAAAAUUGUUUUAUUAUAAAGGAACAAAACAUUAAAUCCCUUUGACAUUACAACGAGAAAAAUCUUGGCAGCGCCGCAGGCAUGAAAGUGAUUAUGUUUUUACUUAAAUAUAAAUGUGUAAGUUGAGAUAAAAGUGGUGCCUUGCUGAUGCUUUGCGAUCAUGAUUUUUCCAUUACAAGAAAACUUUUAUAAUAAUGAAUUAUUGCUAUAUUAAUGAAAAAUUAUAUAUUUAAAGAUAUUUAAAACGUUAAUUUUUGUUGUGUUAGUGUUUGGUAUUCCAUAUAUUUGUAAAGUCCAUGUUUUAAAAAAGUUUUUUUUGAAUACCAUUCAUGAAAGGGGCUCAGCGAAGUUAGCGCGGUCAUUUAAACACGGAGCAAGUAAUUUUAUUUUCCACGGAAAAGUUAAAUUUUUUCUCUCUGUUCACACGGAUCUGGCGAACCGGUUGAAUUGAGUGGUUUUGAUCUGCUCAUGCCCAGAGCGCUACUUGAGCAAAUCCAAAAUGGCGCCUCCCAGCUGAGGUGCCAGGUAUCUAUGCAACCACGCCUUUACCGUACAAAUAUUUAGACGAUUAUGGUGUUCACACUGUGCCGGUCAAAUUUUCGACUCUAUCGGCUUAAGAUUUGACUUCGAUUUUGGCAUUCAAGGUGGUUCCUUGUGAACAGUCCGGUUAAAUGCGCGAAUUCAGUUUCAACCCGUCGAAAAUUCAUCCGUUGCCGUCUGAACGUAGCCCAAACCCGUUUAAGUUACAAAUCCCAACAACAAGUUUGGAUGCUCUUAACUGUGCCCAGUGAAAGAAUGUGAAGGACUUGUUCGGCUGAUAGCAGGUCUUGAUAAUUUACCGUCAUAUAGUCACCGAACUGUACUCAACUCGUUGUGGUGACUUCUUCUGCUUGUCUAAUCUUUUUGCAGGGUUCGUACAGAGUUUUGAAUCCUUGAAAAAGACUUCAAAUUUGCCCAGCAAUUUCCCAGACUUGCAAAAAGUCUGGAAAAUAGAGAUGAAGUCUGGGAAAAUGAUAGAAAGUCUUGAGUUUUUUCCCCAAAGUUACACAAGUGCUUAAUAAGUGAAAUUUUUUUUGUUUUGGUCAAAUCUCGCCCGUACGUUUCCAGUGCAUCGUAAAAAAAGACGUUCGUCCUAUAUUUUUUAAGGUCUGUAUUUAUCCCCUGUUUGAUAACCUCGAGUCUGGAAAAAUAAAUUCUUGUUUUGGAAAAAGUCUGGAAAAAGUCUUGAAUUUUGGAUCCAAAAAUCUGUACGAACCCUGUUUUUGCUCCGUGAAUUUAUCUUUUCCGGAUAAGCCGUCAGCCGGGCUCUCUCAGUUCCGUGUUUAAAUAGUUGUAGGUUAAUUGCGGCCCUUUCUGUUGCGAUUUGGUUCAGUUUUCUUUUUAUUCAAGGUACAAUUUAGACUUUUUCGAGUCAAAGAAGUAAUUCACUGUGUGAUUUGUGACUUUGCAAUUAUAAACUAAAACAGCUCGUUACUUCCUGCAAUCGUUGUGUGUGCUGCUUGGGCUGCAGCGUGUCUCUUGUCCUGCGUGCAAGUUGCUUGAAAGUUAUCAAAGAUGGUUUUCCCGCAACGUUUGUACGGAGAGAGAGAGGAGGUUUUGCGCGAAUGUGUGGAUCAUACCGCAUUUCAAGCUCUUAUAACUAAUCUAAUUCCAUAUUUUGCGUUUAAAAGUUUGAUUUUUUAUUCCAAUAUAUUUAAAAACAAACUAGCCAGAGAUUGCAAUCUAAACGAUUCAAACUAGCCGGGAGUGGCCUCUACGUUUUAUUCUGUAACUCCAGCGCCAGAUGAAAGCUUGGCUUUUUGUCUCCGUAUUUGUCUACAGCUAUUUCGAAAAAGGUUGUCGGAAAAAAUGCACGCGACAAUCGACAAUCGGGAUUGUGGGUGGUUUUGAGUUCACUGUUCCUCGAAGAAACUUGAAAGAAUGGCACGAGAGACCAUGGACAUAUGUUUAUGAGUGCUAAAGGAAAGCAACGAAAGUAGUUUCGACAGCUGCAGUGUCAGGAACAGUGUAUUGACCAUAUCCCAUAUUGCCUUUCGGGAUUGUGGCGUGCACAUUUUUUUCCCACAGCCUUUCUCGAAAUAGCUGUAUACUUUAAGAGGUUGCGAACUACAAGAGCGCGCGUGAAAAUUGGCACCCGCGAGGAAGGUUUCUCUCCACCCUCCGAGUGUCACCGGCGAUUUUCACGCGCGCUGGCGUAUUCCGCUCGCUCUUCUAUCCUUAAGAAAUGUGAAAGACCACUCGUAGCCUAGUGUUUGGUUUAAGUAUAAAAAUUGUGUCU